CUUGAGAAGUGAGUGCUGCGGCGUGGCUCUGUACUCACUUUCGCUGCUGCUGCCACACACCGCCAAGAUUUUCUCCUCCUGUUCAAAUCGGAAUCACGGUGUCAUGGCCGUCACGAGAGUGCGUUCGUAGUUUCCGCCAGAGCCUCAACUGUUCCUGAGCUGAGCCAGCAGGUCGCGCACCUCACUUGCUUGGAUUUCGUUUAUGCCCGGCAGGUUUCGAAGUAUUAGUUAUGCCAGCCAGGAUAGCUGGUGUCCUGAAGGAAGGCGACUAAACUUCUGUUGUUCUAAACUCGCCGGUUGUCGGCCCCUGAUCCAAGCCGUGCUUCCAGAAUCACUGCGGCGUCAGCAUUGCAAUGUCGGCGAGUUCUGAGGAGAAUAUUAUCUCACCCGGUGGAAGGCGUCGUUUCACAGUGUCCUCGGCAAGCAGUAUGGACGUGCAAGGAAUUGCUGUCGGAGAGCACGACGAUGCUGUGCCCUUCUCCGCCGAUCUGCGGCGAAGCCUGCAAAACGUCUCGGCGAGGAGCAGUGCUCUACACCGGGCGAUGACCAUGCUGGGGCCAUUGCAGAUCAGGUCGUCCAGAUACGAUGUCCUGCCUCGAAGGGGCUCGUUGAGUUCAAUCCGUCGCCGUCGUGCCAAGGUUCGCAAAGUUCGAAGCCCGUCGUUCCGGGCUCGCAGCGGCUCCAUACAGCCCGUGGUUAUUUGCAAGCGCUCCAGCACGUGGAGCUUGGCGAGCCAAGCGAAUACGAACAACCCUAGCGGCGGCGGCAGCAGCAGUACAAACACGGGCAUAAACGACACCGGUCGCUUGUGGGUGGUUUGCCGGCGCAGCCCGAACAACCUUUCGCCGGCGCGCAAUGCGAGCGCGUUUGACUUCAACGCCGACUCGACUACGCUGAACGGUGGCGUUGGCGUUGGCGGCGGCUACAGUGGUCGUCUCCGUAGGGACCACCGGUCCGAUUCGUUUCUGAGCCUGCGCAGUUUGGACAACGUGCCGCUGGGAUCGUCGUCGGGUGCGUCGUCACGGCUCCGACGGUCAGACACGACCACGUCUAAGCUGCAGAAUCGCGCCGUUCACCGUUCCGUGUCCUCGUCUGGUUUUCACAGGGACUUGGGCAAGAGUCACUCUCUUCCCUUCUCCGUUCCCAAUCCGUCGGCGGGUCAGAGAAAGCCGUCCUCCAACCGCGUUCUGUCGCGUCGUACGGCACACGCAUCCAAGUCUCUUGGUGUGGAAAACAUGGAUGGGGGAGGAGGCUCCGGGCCCGUGACCGGGCAGGACCAAACCCGACCACUCAGCCCCGGUGUAGCAAUCUGGGACCGGGUAAUCACCAAGCACUGGCACACGCUGGUAGCCUACCUGAAGCCACACGACUGCCAGGACCUUCUAUACCAGUACGAUAUCGUCACCUGGCAGCAGUAUCGCACCAUUCAGAGCACGGAGGACGAUAAAGACGCAUCUUCACACCUGCUGUACGCACUGCGUGCAGGGCCACCCGAUGCCGUACAGACGUUCAUCGGGCUACUGGCCAGAGUUCCCGGCCAGGAGAACCUGGCGUACAUGCUGCAUCAAGAGAUGAACAAUGUGCCACGCGAUCACAUCGAUGAUGCCGCCCAAGAAGCCAAAUCGUACGUCUCUCCAGAGCGUUCGUCCGAGGCCAUACAGGUCCAUCGCUCGACCAGUCAGCCAUGGAACAUGCUAGAGUCAUCGUCACUGCCACCUGUCCUCUCUGUCUCACCUCCACCAGCCACUCUUUCUCCAUCGUCACUGCCAGCCACUAACGGCACAAGUAACGCCACAUCUCCGCCGCCCACUUCCGUCGAGCACGUCGCGUAUCCGCCGGCCCAGGCAAACAGAGAUACCGGCGAUGGUAGCCAGCGGUUAGGCGUCGUCACGGUGACCAACGACCAGUACAGCGUGGUGUCCAAGCCCCGUAACAAGUCCGCCAGUGCACCUCAGUCAACUAUGGGAGCAGCCACCUCCUCGUCAUCGCAGGUGACGUCCGACGAAGGCUUCGUGGAGCAGAACAGCGACGGGGAAACCCCUCCGCCGGUGCCACCGCACCCGAUACCGAUGCCGGACAUUUCGCAGGAGACCUGUAUGGCGGACAGCACGGAUCGGCUGUACGCUGGAAUACCGACACGCGCCCCACCGCCACCAGACCCGCCGCAUCAUCGUCACACGGGCAGCGCGGCAUCCUCGUCGUCUCAGACUGUCGGAGUGGGAGAUCAGGGGACUUCCCCGGUCAUGAUGACGUCACCGGCGAUGUCGUCACCGGUCAUGAUGACGUCGUCGUCCGUGGUGUCCGCGAGCGACGUGCUCAGCUCGGGCGCGGGUAGCCUGACGCACUCCGAGGACACACUCUCGUCGUCCGCCAACACCACGCGCGCUUACAGUCUCAGUCAGGCGCGUGCCUAUUCGCCUAGAGCUUCCGUACAGUAUACCGACGAGCAAGCGACGGACGACUCGCAGGAGUCUUCCUCGGCGGCAGUGGCAACUCGCUAUCGCGCCAGAGCCGAGAGUCUGCAUGAAAAGCGUGCCUACUCGCCGCGUUCAUCCUCGAGUGAAGCGCAAAUCGUCGAGGAGCAAGAGUCGUCCGCGGCGGUCGGCAAUCCGAAGAGCGCGGCGACUACGCGCGAGCAGCUGGCGAAGCAGGCCGAGGAGCUGGAUCGUAUGCAGAGCUCGCUGCUGCACGACCUGGAGACGAUGCGCGUGGAAUCGCCGCCCGGUGCGCCCAAGCCGUCAAUCUCCAUCUUACCCGGUGGAGCACGUGCUGGGGCCGGUGGUGAUGGUGAUGGUGCGGAUGGCAGACGGGAGAAGCGUAGCAACAGCGUGGCAAAGAUGACGUCCAUCCACCACGUCGGUCAGAGGUCUGUCGAUCACACCGGUCGUCCACUGCCUCAGCCUCCACAGCAACAGCAGCAUCCCAACUCGAGAUCGGUGGACGACCUGCGACUGCGCCCGCUGCCCAAGAGUCCGGAGGACCAGUCCCCGUUCCGCCGCGGCACGAUUGACUCCGAACACGUCAGCGUUCCACCUCCACUGGCGCUGGACUCCUUGCAGCGCGGCGUCGAGCCGAUCGGUCGUGAUUCCCUCCAGCUGGAGAACCCACUCGUUCGGCGCAGGCUGCCGUCGCAGACGUCGAUAUCCGGCCGUCAAGUCUUGCCCUACGAGGUCGUUGGCGGAGGAGGAGGCCUGGAGGUCCCGGCCACCGGACUAGUGCCGCCGUACGAGACGCUCACAAGAGUGCGAGGCGAAGCGGACGCGGCGUGGACGGGCGGAGCGGACGCUGCCGACGCCAGAGUCGGGCCUGUGGUGGUGAGCCCACCGUAUGCCGAGGCACAGCUGCUUGCACGCGAGAACAACCCGUUUGCAAAGAUCGGUGGUGGCGGUGGCGGUGCGGCUAACAAUAUUCCCGUCUCCGCCAGCCAGGAACACGCCACCAUCAUGGAGGUGUACGCCGACGAUACUCCCGACGACGUUCUCGCCGUCUCCGUCGAGGGCAACGGCGGCAGCUUUCUGGACGCGGAGGAGCCGUACGAUCAGGGAUUCAUCCGGCCCGUAGCAAACUCCCGGGACGGACUGCGCAAUCAGUCCGUGUCGUCGUCGGAGUUCAGUCGCACAGCCGUCGCCGGUGCUGCCUCCCAGUCACCAUCCUCGCGUGAGUGGGUGGACAGUACUAGCACUACAAAUCCCACGCCAGGCGCUCUAAGCAUGGACAGCGGGGAAUUGCAGAUUCCAGGAACUCCGGGCAACAUCUCGCGCGGCUCCAACGAGCGCAACAUCAUGGCCCCAUCCACUGGUGAUGAGCUAGCAACGCCGCUGGAGCUGUGGAUGAUAGCGUGGAUAUCCGAGUACCUCUACGUCGACUCCGACAAAGUGGACGCGAGCCACUUCGUCGCCAGUGACAUGCCAUCGGGGCUAGUAGCGGACACAACUCAGGGUGGCAAAGGUAUUUGUAUUGUUCACCUGAUAUUUGAGAACCUAAACGUCCGCCAAUACAAGUUGGGCCGGAAGAGUAUUCUUCAAUCACUAGCAAUGGGUUUCAACAUGCGAGAGAUGAAGGUUGUGUGUCGGGAUGUAAAUCAUGGCCAGUCAAUGAUCAUGUCGAUGUGGACGCCACAUGCCGUACGCGACACCAUCAUGCGACUGGCAGAAGAGAAGAGCUUUGUCCUGUUGUCGGCGGGUAUUGUACUCGUUCGCUGCACGUCGCGUGCCGUCUGGUGUGCAGAGAAGAAGAAGCACAAGAAAAAGAAGUUGCGACUGUCGUCGAAGGGAAAACCGAAACAAGAUCCGGUGGAUCUGGAGCGUGUUGAGGUUGCACUGGACAGGACGGCCAGUGAGCUGUGGCUGCUCAUGGAGCCCAUUGAGAAUCCCAUACAUCACGCCGUGCUGACGGGCAACCACAUCCUUGUCGACACGCUCAUCAGUAUCGGUCUGGACAUCAACGAGCCGAACAAGGAGGGCGAGACUCCGCUGCAUCUGGCCUCUCAGAUCGGCCACGUGGAGGUUGUUCAACUGUUGGCUGACACUGGCGCUGCUAUCCAUGCACUCAACUCGAGUGGAAUGACCCCGCUUCACUGGGCGGCUAACCAGGGCAACGGGGAGGUUGUACAGGUGCUCUUGCGUGCUGGAGCUGAUCCCAACGCCGUCGAGCAGAGACACCAGGCUACUCCGCUUCAUACAGCAUCCGUGUUGGGUCGACCCGAGGUGGUUCAGAUCUUACUCGAAAACGGAGCCAAUGUCAAGGCCAUCGACCAGGAUGGCCACACAGCAUCCCAUCUGGCCGUGCUGUUUGCGCCCGUGACGGUCGAGGAUGACGAUCUGCCUGAUGACUACGCCGACAUUCUGGAUAUCUUGCUGUGCAGUGGAGCACAGCCCACUCCCAGGAGUCAUGAGUGGAUUACGCCUGUGCAUAUCGCGUCUUCGCAGGGCCAGGAGCGGCUCAUCCAGAUCCUGCUCCACUAUCACGCCGAUAUCAACGCUGUCGAUCAACGGCAUUGGCAGACGCCGCUUCACUUUGCCGCUGCAGCCGGCAAGAUGUCCGCCGUUGACUUGCUAGUGAGCAGUGGUGCGGAUAUUGCUGCUAUAGACAAGGAUGGCCGCACAGCUGGUGAUGUCGCUGCCACGGCGGAAAUCCGAACAUACUUGGAGGAACAGCUGCAGAAUCUACCCACUGACUUCACGGUUGUUGGAGAACUGGAGGAUGAAGACGACAUGCUAGUCACGGAUGUAUGAGUGACAAUCUCUCUCUCUCGCUCACUCACAUUCGGAGAUAGUACGAGGGGACACACUGGUGUUCAAGUUGUUCGAUCAGGAGUGGACUGUUCAUGUGCUAUAUUAGGGGACACCUAUGGACACCCAGGUACACCUCUGAGCCCCCAGCUAUUCCGCACCAGACAGUACUCUACUUUACUAUAGCCUCGUACAGCGCUAAACCAAGUAUCGUCACCGCCUUCAAACUUCUACACUUCUACCGUUAUACCGAUGAUUCAUGCAUAGAGUCUGUGAUACAGUGUACAGUGUAUUCCUAACCAGGAUGCUGCAAUGUCGGCCAACGACGUCACUCGGAAGUGCCGCCACUCCCCGCUUCGCCACCCUGAUUGUGAGCCGAGUGGCUUUGGAGCUGUGUGGUGUUCGCUGCCGUUGAUCGCUAGAAGUGCCAUUGGUGGUGCCGAGUUCUACUGGUGACUUUGCGCUCUCUGGGUGUACGUUCUGCGGCAAUGAUGACCUAUGCGGAGCGGCUGUCCAUCCGAAUCUCUCUCUCUCUCUCUCUCUCUCUCUCUCUCUCUCUCUCUCUCUCUCUCUCUUGUUGUCAACGUUUGGGCCUUCAGAAUUGCCGAUGUCCCAGAAGCCAAUGGCAGAGCAGCAUAUCGCCACCAGUCAAACAUUUCGUCUACUGGCAAGCUCCCUUUGAGCUCUAGCCUCAUCUAGCACAAAGCUAACCAAAAGGAUAUUCUUUCACAACAGCCCGUCCUUGAUCGGACCAGGCACUAUUUUAGGCUCCGAACUCGGCCAAUAUCAUCAGCUUAUCUACAAGUAAAACUUUCUUUGGAGAACUUCACUAGCGGCUGCUGCAACACCUCGCGAUAGCUAGUACGCUGCUGCACCAUCCAUCACACGAAUCAUGGCAGUGCUAGUGCACUCCGUUCUGAUCUCCUUCACCAACUGUGUUUAUAGGUCUCUGCCUCUCUGAAAGCGAUGGUAAUGAUGAUGAUGCGGCUGAGCAAUACUAUACGAGUAGUAUCUUACUUCGAGUAGUAUCUUAGAUAACAUGUGUGCCACGCACACCGUAGUGUAGUAUGGCCUGACACAUCGGCUGUAUACUGGUACUCUGCGUGUGUGCCCCCCCCCCCCCUCGCCCAUAUUUUUGAUGGCGCUUAUUUAUAGGUACCGGUGCAAAGGGAGUACUGAAUUUCCGGUAUAUUUGUACUCCUGGCUACAGCUCCUUGAUGAUAUUGCUUGGCAUGUUCGGGGCUCAUGUUUCUUGCGCCCAUUGGUAGUUAUCCGUGCUGGAAUCUAUAGCGUGUUCUUCACAAUCUUAUGCUUAGCCCUCUACUGCCGCCAUGCCUUGAUCGGAAUCUCGCUAGCGUGCAUAUUUCUAUUUCUUGAGCCUACGACACCCCGCCGAUAUUAUUUGACGGUCGGAAGAGAAACUAAGACCGAGAUGCGCUUA